CCUCGUCUAGGAAGUGACGUCAGGGAGCGUGGUCGCGCAGAUUCACCGGUGUUUACAGGUGAGACCGAAAAGCAGCUGAUUGUAACGUUUCUGUGGUUAUCGAUCUGCAACGGACCGUCACCUCGAUGACGUCAGGCGGAACCGUGAUGUUGGAUGCGGCUGACACGUGCGUGUAGAGUCCCAGCUGACCGUUAGCUUAGCUGUUAGCAUAUAGCUUCGUAGUAAACAAACAGAAACCUGACCAGUGUUCAAUACCCGCUGAUCAGCAGGAAGUGACGCAGACGCGCUGAUCCUGCGGUGGCUGAUCAGCUGAUCACCACAGAAGAAGAGUGAGGCUGAGUAGGAACUGAAGCUGUUAGCUCAGUCACAGCUAGCCGGCUAACACUGGCUCUGUGUGACGUCAAAGGUCAGGCCUCUAAUCGGUUAGUUAAAUUUUUAUUUUAUCUCAGAGUUUCGGAAUGAGCGGAGGAGGCAUACAGAGACACAGCAGGGCCGAGGAGGAAGAGGAGGAGGAGCACGAGGAGGACUUCUAUGACUGUCCGGACACGCUGGAGCCUCCUGACCCCACUGCAGGAGGAGAGGAGAGCCAGCAGGAUGUUAAUUUUAAACACACACAGAUUAAACGAGGAGACACAGAGAGGGAGGCAGCAGAAGGACACCAGGGAGAGGAGUGGGGAGACAGACUGAAGGAAGAGGAGGAUGAGAAGGAGGUGAAAGCUCUGCUGGAGACAGAGGAUGUGAAGCAGGGGGAGGAGGGGGUAGACGGGCUGAAGGAAGAGGAGGAGGUGAAGGAGCAACAAGAUGGAGACUCCCUGCGUGACUCUGACUCAGAGCUGAAGGAGGAGGUGGGCCCAGCCGUAGAGUUUGAUGAUGAUUACCUGAGGGAGGUGGAAAAGGAGCUGACCGAGGAGGAGAUGGAGAGUCGACGGCAGCAGAGCAUCAGUCUGAAGGAGGCGGGAAACGCCCACUUUAAGAGGGGAGACUGGGCGGAGGCGGGGCGAAGCUACACGGAUGCGCUGUCUGUGUGCCCCGUCUGUUUCAGCAGGGAGCGAGCCGUGCUGUUCUCCAAUAGAGCCGCCGCGAGGCUGCACCUGGAUCUGAAGGAGCAGGCGAUCUCAGACUGCAGCAGAGCAAUAGCGCUGGAUCCUGACUACCUGCGGGCGCUGCUGAGGAGGGCGGAGCUUUACGAGCAGACAGAGAAGCUGGACGAGGCUCUGGAGGACUACCAGAAGGUGCUGGAGCGAGACCCAAACAAUGUUGCUGCCAGGCAGGCGGCCAUGGAACUUUUAAAAGACCAGAGUCCUGAGAUCGGAGAGCACGGGAUGGAAUAUACCGGUGUAAAAGGUCAGAGAGAUACGAAGGUGCUAAUCCAUUUAAAGCCUUGUAAGUGAGCAACAGGACUUUAAAAUCAGCUCGAACCGGACAAGGUAGCCAAUGAAGAGAGUAUAAAACAGGGCUAAUAUAUUCGAAUUUUCCAGUUCAUGUUAAAAUACGAGCAGCUGCGUUUUGCACCAUCUGUAGACCUUUAAAACUUUUCUUUGGUAGCCCUGAGAAAAGAGCAUUACAGUAAUCAAUGCGUGAGGACACAAAUGCAUGAACAAGAAUCUCUGCAGUAUCGUUUGACAAAACGUGUCUAAUUCUAGCUAUGUUCCUCAAGUGAUAAAAGGCGGUUUUUGUUAUUUCUUUUAUAUGAGACUCAAAAGAGAGCACCGUGUCAAACCACACGCCCAAAUUUUUUACUUUGUCUCUACAAGUUAUGACCCUAUCAUCAAUUCUCAGGGUAAAAUUUUGGGACGAGUGCUGAAA